AUGUCUGAUAAUCAAAAUAAUGAAGAAAAACAUCAUCUAUUGGAUGGAUCAGGUGCUGAUCCAAGCAAUGAUGCUGAAGAUAGAACAGCCACUGCUAUCUUAAGAACUAAAAAAAAGCCAAAUAUGUUAUUAGUAGAUGAUGCAAUUAACGAUGAUAACUCUGUCAUUGCAAUCAAUUCAAAUACAAUGGAUACUCUAGAAUUAUUUAGAGGUGAUACUGUUUUAGUUAAAGGUAAAAGGAGAAGGGAUACAGUCUUAAUUGUUUUAAUUGAUGAUGAAUUAGAAGAUGGUGCCUGUAGAUUAAAUCGUGUUAUCAGAAAUAAUUUACGUAUAAAAUUAGGGGACUUGGUUACAUUGCACCCUUGCCCUGAUAUCAAAUAUGCUACAAGAAUCUCCGUCUUACCAAUUGCUGAUACUGUCGAAGGGUUGACAGGUAAUUUAUUUGAUGUGUUUUUAAAGCCAUACUUUGUCGAAGCUUAUAGACCUGUUAGAAAAGGUGAUCACUUCGUUGUUAGAGGUGGUAUGAGACAAGUUGAAUUUAAAGUUGUUGAUGUGGAACCAGAUGAAUACGCUGUUGUUGCUCAAGAUACAAUCAUUCAUUGGGAAGGUGAGCCAAUCAAUAGAGAAGAUGAAGAAGCCAAUACAAAUGAUAUUGGUUACGAUGAUAUCGGUGGUUGCCGUAAACAGAUGGCUCAAAUUAGAGAAAUGGUUGAAUUACCUUUAAGACAUCCACAGUUGUUUAAAGCGGUUGGUAUCAAACCACCAAGAGGUGUUUUGAUUUAUGGUCCUCCAGGUACAGGUAAGACAUUGAUGGCAAGAGCUGUUGCUAAUGAGACAGGUGCUUUCUUCUUCUUAAUCAAUGGUCCUGAAGUUAUGUCUAAAAUGGCUGGUGAAUCUGAGUCUAAUCUGAGAAAAGCUUUUGAAGAAGCUGAAAAGAAUGCACCUGCUAUUAUUUUUAUUGAUGAAAUCGAUUCUAUUGCUCCAAAGAGAGACAAGACUAACGGUGAAGUUGAAAGAAGAGUUGUUUCACAAUUAUUAACUUUGAUGGAUGGUAUGAAAUCCAGAUCCAACGUUGUUGUUAUUGCUGCUACAAAUAGACCAAACUCCAUUGAUCCUGCUCUAAGAAGAUUUGGUAGAUUUGAUCGUGAAGUUGAUAUCGGUGUUCCAGAUGCUACUGGUAGAUUGGAAGUCUUGAGAAUUCAUACUAAAAAUAUGAAACUAUCAGAUGAUGUAGAUUUAGAAGUGAUUGCCUCAGAAACUCAUGGGUUUGUAGGUGCUGAUAUUGCUUCUUUAUGUUCUGAAGCUGCUAUGCAACAAAUUCGUGAAAAGAUGGAUUUGAUCGAUUUAGAUGAAGAAGAAAUUGAUGCUGAAGUACUGGAUUCAUUAGGUGUCACUAUGGAUAACUUUAGAUUCGCAUUAGGUAACUCCAACCCAUCUGCAUUACGUGAAACCGUUGUUGAGAAUGUUAAUGUUACAUGGGAUGAUAUUGGUGGUUUAGAUGAUAUUAAGAGUGAGUUGAGAGAAACUGUUGAAUAUCCUGUCUUACACCCAGAUCAAUAUACAAAAUUCGGUUUGGCUCCCUCAAAAGGUGUCUUAUUUUAUGGACCACCGGGUACUGGUAAAACUUUAUUAGCUAAAGCCGUUGCUACUGAAGUCUCUGCCAAUUUUAUUUCUGUUAAAGGUCCUGAAUUGUUGAGUAUGUGGUAUGGUGAAUCAGAAUCUAAUAUUAGAGAUAUUUUCGAUAAGGCUAGAGCUGCUGCCCCAACUGUUGUCUUCUUGGAUGAACUAGAUUCUAUUGCAAAGGCUAGAGGGCAUAAUGCAGGUGACGAUGCAAGUGAUAGAGUCGUUAAUCAAUUAUUAACUGAAAUGGAUGGUAUGAAUGCCAAAAAAAAUGUUUUUGUUAUUGGUGCCACUAAUAGACCAGAUCAAUUAGAUCCUGCAAUUUUAAGACCAGGUAGAUUGGAUCAAUUAAUCUAUGUCCCAUUGCCUGAUGAAGUUGCAAGAUUGUCUAUCUUAAAAGCCCAAUUAAGAAAAUCGCCAUUGGAACCAGGUGUAGAUUUAACUGCUAUUGCCAAGGCUACCAAGGGUUUCUCAGGUGCUGAUUUAUCGUAUAUUGCACAAAGAGCUGCUAAAUAUGCUAUUAAAGAAUCUAUUGAAGCUCAAAUUGAAUUUGAAAAAUCUAAAGAAGAAGGUGAGCAAUACAAAAAAGAAAACAUGCAAGAUGAAGAUGUUGUAAUGACUGAUUCAGAAAAAACUAAAGUUAAAACUGAAAAAGAGGAAGAAGAAGAAAUUCCCGAUUUGGUUCCAUAUAUUACUAAACAUCAUUUCGCUGAGGCUAUGAAGACUGCUAAGAGAUCAGUUUCGGAUGCUGAGUUACGUCGUUAUGAGGCAUAUUCCCAAAAAAUGAAGGCUUCUAGAGGUGUCUUCAGUAAUUUUAGUUUUGACGAUGCAGCAGCAGCUACUGGUACUACUGAUGCCGCUACCAAUAAUUCUGGAGCUGCAUUUGGUGCUGGUAAUGAUGAAGAUGAUGAUCUAUAUGACUAA